AUUGGGGGCUCACUUUUGAUGAUGGUCCAACUUCGUUCACAACAACUCUUCUUGAUUAUCUCGAUUCAGUAAAUGUAAAAGUUACCUUUUUUAUUGUUGGCUCUCGAGUGGUCGAAAGUCCUCAAAUUUUACAGAGAGAUGUUAGUGCUGGUCAUCAAAUUGGUGUACAUACUUGGUCACAUUCAUAUCUCACUACUCAGUCCAAUGAACAGGUCAUUGCAGAAUUACAAUGGACAGCCGAAAUUAUAAAAAAUGUAACUGGAAUUACUCCUAUAUACAUGCGUCCACCAUUUGGUGAUAUUGAUGAUCGUGUACGUAAUAUAUGUACACAGCUUGGAUAUAAAGUUGUACUUUGGGAUCUAGAUACAAAUGAUUGGGUUUCUGGUGAUGAUACUACUUUCCAAAUGUCAUGGGUUGCGGGUAAUUUUACCCAAUGGGUUGGCCAGAAUAGUACUACUGGUCAUAUAUCACUUGAACAUGAUUUAUAUAAUCAAACUGCUGCCCAAGGUUCGGUAGUAGUUCCUAUUCUUCAAAAGGCAUUGUUUAAGAUUAGACCAGUUGCUGAUUGUAUAG